CUCGCCAUACUUCGUGGGAAGAUGACAACGUGUCAAGGAGAGCGGCCUAUGCUUACACUGCUGUGGCUUCUCUUGGCCACAGCAGGCUGCCUUGCUGAUUUGAAUGAGGUUCCUCAGGUCACUGUCCAGCCCAUGUCCACUGUCCAGAAGCUCGGAGGAACUGUGAUCCUGGGCUGUGUGGUGGAGCCACCAUGGGUGAACGUGACCUGGCGCUUCAACGGGAAGGAGCUAAAUGGCUCGGAUGAUGCUCUGGGUGUCCUCAUCACCCGUGGGACCCUUGUCAUUGCUGCCCUCAACAACCACACUGUGGGACGGUACCAGUGUGUGGCUCGGAUGCCUGCGGGAGCUGUGGCCAGUGUGCCAGCCACGGUGACACUAGCCA